AAGCCUUCGUAAAAGUCAAAUAACGGGUCAAACCAGCAAUACAAAGGCCCGAUCCGUAAUAUUCAAAAGUUUGUUAGGGCAUAAGCAAACGAUACUAACAGUGUGAAGCUGGUGAAGCAAUCAGCAAGAAAGAUGGAAGAACAGGGAAUAUUGGGGGUGAAACCCAGAAAACAAUCAGCAGCUCGGAUCAGAGGAAGACGAUGGUUGAAAAGAAGAGAGAUAUGGCUUGUUGCUCUAGGAAUAGCACUUCAUGCUGUCUACAUGCUCAGCAUUUUCGACAUUUACUUCAAAUCCCCUAUUGUACAUGGCAUGGACCCCGUUUCCCCUCGCUUUACUCCCCCAGCAAAGCGUCUUGUGCUCCUUGUAGCUGAUGGAUUACGAGCCGACAAGUUCUUUGAGCCAGAUUCUGAUGGGAAUUACAGAGCGCCAUUUUUGAGAAGUGUAAUCAAAGGACAAGGGCGUUGGGGUGUGUCUCAUGCUCGUCCUCCAACAGAAUCCAGACCUGGACAUGUCGCAAUCAUAGCAGGGUUUUAUGAGGAUCCUAGUGCUGUCACUAAAGGAUGGAAGGCAAACCCUGUGGAAUUCGAUUCAGUUUUCAACAAGAGUAGGCAUACAUUUUCUUAUGGUAGCCCAGAUAUUGUUCCAAUAUUCUGUGGAGCUUUGCCUCAUAGUUCAUGGAACACCUAUCCUCAUGAGUUUGAAGAUUUUGCUACUGAUGCAUCUUUCUUGGACGAAUGGUCAUUUGAUCAGUUCAAGAGCAUUGUGAAUAAGUCCAAGGAGGACCCAAAACUCAAAAAGCUAUUUCAACAAGAUCAAGUUGUUAUAUUUUUGCACCUUCUUGGUUGUGAUUCAAAUGGUCAUGCACAUCGCCCUUACUCUUCUAUAUAUCUCAACAAUGUCAAAGUUGUUGAUCGUAUUGCUGAAGGCGUUUAUAAUCUUCUUGAGAAUUAUUUUAAAGACAAUCAAACAGCAUAUAUAUUUACAGCAGAUCAUGGCAUGAGUGAUAAAGGAAGUCAUGGAGAUGGGCAUUGGUCAAAUACAGAUACACCACUUGUUGUAUGGGGGGCAGGUGUCAAGCAUCCAAGGCCCUCAUCAUCACAUAAUCAUCAAAAUCAUGGUGAAAGAUUUGUUGAUGAACAUGAUAUGCAUGAUACACCUACACCUACUGAUUGGGGUCUGAAUAACAUAGAAAGAGUGGAUGUGAAUCAAGCUGAUAUUGCACCAUUGAUGUCAACUCUCAUUGGCUUGCCAUGUCCUGUUAACUCAGUUGGAAGUCUACCCCUUGAUUACAUGGAUUUAAACAAGGGUGAUGAAGUUGAGGCUGUGUUAGCUAAUACAAAGCAAAUUCUCAGCCAAUUUCUUCGUAAAUCACAACUAAAGCAGGAAAGCUCAUUCAGAUUCAAGGCAUUUGAACCUUUAGUUCAUCAUGCUUCAAUUUUGGAACAAAUUGAGUCUCUGAUAUCUAAUAAAGACUAUGCACAUGCAAUGCAACUAUCCCAAAAUCUUAGAAGCUUGGCUCUAAAGGGACUCCACUACUUCCAAACAUAUGAUUGGUUCAUGCUAAUGACCAUUAUAACCCUGGGCUACAUUGGCUGGAUGGUUUGUCUUAUUCUCCACGUGUUGCAAGCUUAUACAUCUUUGCCUGGAAAAAUCUUGAAAAAAGAGGAAGCAGUUUUCACAAGAGACCUUCCAUCAAAGGUGUAUCUUUGUGGAAGUCUUGUAAUGGCAUCGGUUUUUGUUGUGCUAUAUUUGGAACACUCUCCUCCACUCUAUCACGCGUAUUUUGCAAUGACAGUGUUUCUUUGGACAAAUAUAUUUAGUGAAUAUCGAUUCCUUAAAGCUUUUUGUAGAUACUUACAAGAAAAAGAAUCUUACCAUGUCUUUGAACUCUCUGCUACCUCUCUUGUCUCCAUCAUCAUUCUUGAAUUACUAGUGAAAAGCUUCACUAACAGAGUUAUCUACACCUGGUGUUUUUUAAUUUUUGGGGUCAUUUCUCCACUCUAUCUUUUUAAAUCAAUCCCAUCGAAAUCUGGGAUUCCAGUUUUUUUGUGUGUAGCAUGUUGGUUUUUGUCAAUAUUUACCUUGAUGCCUGCAGAGAUUCCUGACAAUACAUUUCUAGUAUCUAUGAGUGGAGCUAUAAUUGUUGUAAUUGGAGGAGUUAGUAGGUAUUUAGACAUGCAUACAAAAGACAACAAGUAUUGGCUUUAUCUCAUAAACCAUGUCUCAAAACCUAAGUUCCCCUUCCUAUUUCACUUACAGGCCCUUUUAGUUGGUUUAGCAUCUGUGUUGGUGUACAUCUCAACAUCUCAUAGAACAGAAAACCGUGAACUUCUUCCAUUACAUCAACUCAUGAAUUGGUCAAUUGCUGGUUUAUCCAUGGUGCUCCCACUAUUCUCUGCAACCGACCUACUCUCUCGGCUUACUUCCAUAUUCCUUGGUUUUGCACCUCCUUUCCUAUUAUUAUCCAUCGGAUAUGAAGCUGUAUUCUAUGGGGCUCUUGGCCUUGCACUUUUUGGAUGGAUACUUUUCGAAAACACUCUUCUCUAUGUCAAAAAGUCAAACAAAUCUUUGACUUCCUUUGAAGCUGAAAAUGAAAACAUACUUCUUGAGGAAGGUGAUAGAUGCUUAAAAUUAUCUGACAUGAGAAUCCCAAUAGUUUUUAUGGUGUUCUUCAAUAUAGCAUUUUUUGGAACCGGUAAUUUUGCAAGUAUUGCAAGUUUCGAGAUUUCGUCUGUUUAUCGAUUUAUCACAAUAUUCAGUCCGUUUCUCAUGGCUGCCUUGCUUAUUUUCAAAUUGUUCAUCCCAUUCAUGCUUGUCAUAUGUGCAUUUAGUGCAAUAACUAAAUUAGCGAGAGUUCCACGGUUGGGAUGUUACUUUCUUGUUAUUUUAUGCUCGGAUGUUAUGACAAUUCACUUCUUCUUCUUGGUGAAAAAUACGGGAAGCUGGAUGGAAAUUGGCAACAGUAUUAGCCACUUUGGAAUUGAAUGAUAUGGUAGCACGACAAUUUUGGAGGGUUAUUUGAUUAUAACUUGUAACAUAGACUCUUAAAUGUUGAUAUCGGAAAUACGUUAUUUGAGGUAAAAUCAAAGUAAAGAUGUGUAUUUUUUAUUUAACGAG